CACUUCCCACAACGCUGGAACAGCAGCUUGCAAAAGAUUAAGAAAAACCAAGUGGAACCAUUAAGAUGCGCUCCUUUGCUAUUGUGAUUUUGGCCUUGGCCUCGGCGGGUUGCGCCAGCCCAUUGAGCAAUUCCUAUCUGCCACCCAAGGUGGGUGCCCAGAGUGGGUAUAGUGCGGCUGCCUCCAGUUCCUCGGGAUCUUAUGCUGCUCCAGCGGCCACCUUUGCCCGAAAGCCAGCUCCUUCCAGACAGUAUCUGGCUCCAGCUGCAUCCCAAUCUUAUGGCAGUUAUAGCUCGGGAGGAUCUUCGUACUCCGCUCCAGCUGCAUCCCAUGGAUCGUACUCCGCUCCAGCUGCAUCCCAUGGAUCGUACUCAUCGGCCGUGCCCUCCAGGAAGUAUAUAGCUCCUGCUGCCGUGUCCCAUAGCAGUUACUCCGCUGCUCCCGUCGUUUCCCACAAGAGCCAUGCUGCUCCGGCUACAGUGUCCCAUGGAUCCUACUCCUCGGCAGGCGCCUCUCAUGGCUCCUAUUCCGCUCCAGCUGCUUCGUAUAGCUCGUAUUCCGCACCAGCUGCCUCACACACGAGCUACUCGGCACCAGUUGCUGCUCCAUCCAGGCAAUAUCUGGCUCCGGCUGCAUCCCAAUCCAGCUAUAGCUCCGUAGGAUCAUCCUACUCCACUCCAGCCGUUUCUCAUGGAUCAUCAUCUUACUCCGCUCCAGCUAUUUCCCAUGGAUCAUCUUCCUACUCCGCUCCUGCCGUUUCCCAUGGAUCUUCCUACUCCCAUGGAUCAUCCUAUUCCGCUCCAGCUGCUGCAGCUUCCCACGUUUCCUAUUCGGCGCCUGUGGCUUCCAGGAAGAGCUAUGCCGCCCCAGCUGUCUCACAUGCUAGUUACUCGGGAUCGGGAUAUGGAUCUGGAGCCAGUCAUGUGUCUCUUCAAGGAUCUGGCCUCCGAUCAGGACACGGAUCUAGCUUCGGAUCUGGGCAUAAAUCUGGUUCCUACGCUUCCAAUGGAGGCUAUGAAUACCGCCUGAAGCAUUAAAAGGAUCUCUACAAAAGCGAACAAAUAACUAAACAAUAUUUUGUAAAACUUUUUUUUUUUAUCAAGCGAAAUAAACUUAAAAAUGCAAUAGCC